CUGGGAAACGGGAAGCUAAAAAAAAAAAAAAUCUUGUCAACUAAAGUGCACGUAAGCUUCUGCCUCACAAUUCUCGUGUUCUCCAAGCCAACGUUUCGGUUAGAAAACAGGUUUAACCUGGUCGCCGCUGAAAAGGCAAAAUGGGGUGCUUUUUUUCGAAGAAAUCCAAAAGAAAGUCGUCCGAAAAGGAGGACCGUACGCCGACGACAACGACAGUCGAAACUACGACGACAAGCAACGCGGUUCCCCUUGGCAACAACACGGACGAAGCUCCGAAGCAAUACAGCUGGGACAAACGAGAGAAGGUUGAUCCCAAAGACUACAUGCUGACAGGGCUCAAAGAUGUAACAGUGGGCCGUCUUCCUGGAAAACUGAACGGGCAACAGUUUGUCAUCCAGGAGUGUGAGAACUGCAACAUCUACGUGUUUGACCACUCAGCGACUAUCACCAUCGAUGACUGUGUCAAUUGCCGCAUUGUUCUAGGACCUGUCAAAGGCAGUGUGUUUUUCAGAGACUGUAAAGACAUCAAGUGCGUGGUGGCCUGUCAGCAGUUUCGCACACGGGACUGUAAAAAGAUGGAGGUGUUCUUGUGCUGUGCCACUCAGCCCAUCAUUGAGUCCUCCACGGGGAUGAAGUUUGGCUGCUUUCAGUAUUUCUAUCCUGAGCUGGCGUUUCACUUCAAGGACGCUGGGCUCAGCAUAUUCAACAACAACUGGAGCAACAUCCACGACUUCACACCAGUGUCUGGAGAGAACAACUGGAGCUUGUUGCCAGAGGCUUCAGCAGUUCUGGAUUUUGUACCAGCCCCAGACCCUGAGUCUGAGUUCAAGUCUGUGCGAAUCUCCACUGACCCCGCACGCAGCAUUGUGCCUUUGACAAAGGGAGGGAGGCGUAAGGACAGUGAGGAAUCCUGCCUCUUUGUUUUCUUUGCUGGAGAGUACACCACUGCAAAUGCCCGCAAAUUGAUUGAUGAGGUGACUGCUAAAGGUUUUGUGCUGAUCCAGACGAAGGAAGUCUCAAUGCGACCUGAAGAUGUGAAGCGGGUGUUUCAGAACAGUGCAGAGGAUCUUGUGGAGUGGAUCACCAAAGGCCCUGUGAUUGCUCUGGAGCUGAACGGCGAUGGAGUUGUUGAAGCCUGUAAGACCAUUGCCAGUGAAGUGUUCAGUGGCACCAAGGUUUUUGUCUCUGAUAACAAAAAUACAUCCUCUCGAGACGUGGACAGCUUCUUCAACUUUGCUGACAUGCAGAUGGGCUUGUGAAUGAAUACAUAUGAACAAACUGCUCCUCAGACAUUAAUUUUUUUUUUCUAUCCCCACUGUCCACCUCCUGUCAAAUAUGAGUGACAUUUGAUUAUUUGCCUCUUUUCAAUAGGUAGGGAUGGAAAAUGUUAAGGACUGUGUUUGAUAAAGCCUUGGAUAAAACAAUUAAUCAACCAUGAGUCUACAGACUAGAUUCAUCCAGAAACAUUUGCUGUAAACCACUUAACAUCCAUUAGUUGCUCUGAGUGCUGUGAAUAUUUAUAUUUCUAUGAAUGUAUUUGAUAAUCCCGUUGCUUUUAUCGAUUGUGAAUGUAGUUCUUUGCUGUAAAUGUAAUUCAUUUUAAUUUAAAGCUUUGUUUUUUUAUUACUGUCUGAAACUGUUGUUGCAGUAGGAAAAACCAUGAGCACAAGAAUGCUUGAAGGGAGAAUAUUUUAUUUAUAAAUCAGAUUUUUAUUCCCUGUAAGGAUUUAUUUCUGUAUGUGGUUUAGAUAAUGGACUUUUGUUUAACGUGUAUAUUUGAAACAUGCUGUGUAGAUGAUAACAACAUCUUAUUGACAUCUGUUAGGCCAAAGUUGAAUUGUGAAAGGUUGAGUUUACACUAAAAGUGUAAACACUUGUAAAAAUGCUGGGUUUUGAUGUAGGCAAUUCAUGUGAUCAGUUAUUUUUAAAAAUAUUUUGUAAUAUUUGUUUUAUAUGCUACUCAAUGUUUUUGUAUAAACACAAAUCGAUGUUCUUCAUUAUAAUUUUUUUGGUAAAAUGUU